AAAAGUGACUUUUUGGUUGUAUACACCAGUCAGUUCUUGCAAUUAUGGCCCGAAUAUUAUUUGCUUCUAAGUUAGAAUAAAGAAGUUGCCACUCAGGAAAAAUAACAGAAUAUGUAAAUCAAGUACUAAACAAAAGUAAUUGCUAUAUCCAAGGUGCCAGUGAUGUUCUUGUCCUUGAGGCUAGAUCAGAGGAACAGAAUUUGAUUGAACUAUGGUCUUCUGCGGUGGGGAAAAACAAAAAGGCAGAAAGACAGAGACCAGGAUUUGGAGGAAAUACUAAAAUAAAAUAGCAGGAAUAGAUAGGAGGAGAGUCACCGUUUCUCAGCAAAUCAAAAAAAACUGUUUGCUAAGGAUGGACACAAGUACUUGUGAUCCUAUGUAUUUGCAUAUACAGGAAAUCUUUUAUGAGGAGGGCACUUCCUGAAUUACAGUGUAUAUAUAUCAGUAAAACGGAGCUGAGGGAAGUAAAGGCUUUGAUGAAGACACAUAUCGUGUUCCUAAAACUAGUGAAGAUCCUGUCCGUGCUUUACUAAAUGGAUAACCAGGCAUUUGAAAUGCAUGGAGAGACCAUAGAAAGUUCUUCGAAAAGAAAAGAGUGGCCAAAGAAAGAGGAAAGAAAAGGCAGCUGGUCCCUAAUGAAAGUCUUUCUAGUUUGCCUGUUGGCCUGUGUUAUCACCACCGUGAUAGGAGUGCUGACCCUGUCCUUGGUCUAUGUAAAGAACACUGCCAUUAUAAAAGAGACAGUUGGUAAAGACGAUGGUGCAUCUUCCUCGAAACCAGCUGAAAAAAGUGUGGAUUUCAAAUUCCAGUUCCUGAAUCAUCUGGGGAAAUCAAAGGUAUAUAACUACCCAGGUGGUGAAAUUCAGUGGGCAAGAUUCAGGAAGGAUGUAAAUGAAUAUCAAAAUGAUGAAGAAAUGGAAUUUGGAAAAAGUAUUAAUAGCCAUGGCUCCAAAAUGACUUUUGGAACCUUACGGAUCAAGAGCAAAGGGCUUCGGGCUCCCCACUGGCAUUUUAAUGCCAAUGAACAUGGCUACCUGCUACAGGGUACUGCCUGGAUUGGAGUAAUUGGUGCAGAUGACAGUGUGGUUACCACAUACAACGUCACGGCUGGUCAAGUAGUCUUCUUCCCUAGAAACACUGUGCAUUGGAUAAAGAAUGUCGGCUCCGAAGACUGUGUGUUCUUGCUGUUUUUUACAACACAUGAAGAACUUCAGACCUUGGAUGUAGAUGACGCCUUUUUCUCCACCCCAGAGGAUAUAGCAGCUAGAGCACUAAAGCCACAAGGUGGAGUUAAAUUCAUCAGAACAUUCAAGAAACAAGCAGAAGAUCAAGCAAUUAACCUCCCACCAAACUUAGAUGAGCUUGUACAAAAUGCUACCUACGUGCAGUCCCCGGACAACCUCGUGUGGCAGUACUUCUACAAUCUCAAAGGGUCGGCAAAAUACCCUUUUCCAGGAGGAAUCUUCCAGUGGGCUCGCUACCGCAUAAACGGCACCGGACUAAAUGAAACUGAAAAAAUUUUUAGUGAGUCACUGAACAAGCAUGAAAAUACCCUUACCUUAGCAACUCUCCGGAUCUUCAGUAACGGGCUGGGGCAGCCUCAUUUCCACUUCAACGCUAAUGAGAUGGGUUACGUCAUUAGCGGCUGCGGACAGGUUGGAGUCAUUCUCUCGUCUGGAGUCACCGCCAACUUCAACAUUGGCAUCGGAGAUGUCAUAUUUUUCCCCGUUGGAACCCAGCAUUAUAUCAAGAGUGUCUGUGAGGAGGAUUUGCUUUUGAUUCUAGCCUACAGUACAGGGAACCAGCUGGAGACUCUUCGUAUGAACGACUACUUCCGUGCAACAGCAGAUCAUAUCCUUGCUCAGCUUUUUUUCAAGGAACAGGCUGAGUUUAAGAAGUUCCCAAAGGCUGCCAAAAAAUUAGGCAAAUAA